AUGUCAAAAUACGAGCUUGUUAUCAUCCAACAACCACUUGGCGCUAGAGAAACUUCAAAAGCCAAAAACCAGGCAUCUACUCUUACUGAUAUUGGUCCAACACUUUCAUACUCCAGAUCUGAUGCGAUUUUCCCACCUCCAGUACUCAAGGUUCAGUUUAAUGGUAUUGAUCAAGUAAAGCCACAACCAAUGAAAUCCGAAGAAUUCUUUCCAUUAACAUCAUCGGAUAAUAGGCAAAUAAUAGAGAUUUUAGCUAAUCCUUGUGCUUUUGAUCGUAAUACUAUUAGUUCCACAUUCCUCGUUGUGGUGGGUGCUCUCCCUUGUUCGGAAUUAGGACAUCCCCUUGUUAGCGCCAUCGAUUCAAAUUGUUUAGGAGGAAACAGUGUUCUUAGCGGAACUCAUUUUACAUUGCCACUUAGAAAGACAGGAACAGCAAAGAGAGAAAAUGACUUCAGAAAAGUUGGUGCCAUCAUCUUUCCUUUCGAAAAUUUGCAUACUCCAAAAUGUGGCAAAUAUAGACUCGUAUUUCUGUUAUACCAAAAAUCCAUGGACGGACCCAUUGUUUACUGUGACAAAGUUGUGUCUUGGCCAUUUUCUGUUGUGAUGAAAGAAAACUUUGAAUGCCCAAAGUUGAUUGGGCCAUUAAUGAAAUUCAUUAGAAAAUAUUGUAUCAACGUUAAGUGCAACUCUGGUAAUAAGACAAAUAAGAGAAGGGUUCAUGGAAAGGCAAGCAAUGAUGAAGGGGCAUUUCCAAUACCUUGUAACAAAGGGCCCCAGCCCAAGAGAGCAAAAGUCUCCAAAAUGGAUAAUGAUAAUAAUAAUCGCGAUAGAGAUCAUAUUAAAGCCCAGGAAAGUAAAAAACCAGACAAGCCUCUUGACCAGUCAUACUCCAAGUUAGAAAAAAAUACAUAUUCGUUCAAUGAUGUUUCUUACUCAAUUGAAGCUCUGGAACUUGAAACAACUAACGAUCCACAAUUCAAAGUAUAUCAACAAUUAGGCACAUGCUUUUCUACCCCGAAUUCCACUGAUAAGGACCCUGAUGCUCCAGUGGGCCAUAAAGAUGGUUUUAAAAUUUCAAAUGAUAAAUACAAGGAUAAUAAUUCACAUGUAAAAUACACAAUUGAUUCUAUUGAUCUUGCGUACUUUGUCCAAGAUUAUAGUUAUCAAUCAUAG